GAAACACGUCUAACAUUCAGUCGAAAGUUGAAACGCGUCGGGCGCGGGUACGUUCAGCUCAUCCUCAUUCAAUAUCGCUGUACAAUCGUUCCUCGUGUUGCUGAUGUUCCUGGUUGGCGCUGUAUAUACCCCACCAAAUUCACCGCCGUCUGAUUCACAGACAAUGUGUACCUGGAUUACAAUCACAUCAGAAUCUUAAUCAACUCGCACCUGACAUUCCGAAGACCGUGCGUCUCCAUUCUGGACAUUAAGGCCGCCACAACGCCUCUCUGAUUGGAUGGAUAUGAAAGUUUUAAGUUGACAUUAUUAUAAUUUGACUCUCACAUCGAAAAAUGUCGCUUCAAGUGGAAAAUCGGGAUUUGAACUUUAUCGCGAGGAAUCUGCUUGCGGGUGGUAUUGCUGGCAUGGUGUCUAAGACAACAGUGGCACCGCUGGACCGUGUAAAAAUCCUUCUGCAGGCGCAUAAUCGCCACCACGAACGCAAUGGUGUGUUUUCGGGCAUUCGUCAUAUUGUCAAAAGUGAAUCGUUGUUAGCUCUCUACAAGGGAAAUGGCGCUCAGAUGGUGCGCAUAUUUCCGUACGCCGCAACCCAAUUUACUUCCUUCGAAUUCUAUAAGAGAUGGUUACACGGUGUUUUCGGGCCCAACUCGCAUAUUGAUAAAUUUCUUGCUGGAGCAGCUGCUGGCCUCACAUCGGUGACGUUGACAUACCCGCUAGAUACAAUUCGUGCUAGGCUUGCCUUUCAAAUUAGUGGUGAGCACGUAUACACUGGAAUCACCCAUGCUGCGGUGACAAUCUUUCGUGAGGAAGGUGGUGCUCGCGCUUUAUAUCGUGGGUUUGUGCCCACUUUGAUGGGAAUGGUGCCCUACGCGGGCCUCUCCUUCUAUUGCUUCGAGUAUUUGAAAUUCGGUUGCAUGAAGUAUUUGCCUGCGUAUACGUGUAAGCCCUGCAAGCAAAACACUGGAGGAUUGGUGCUUUUAUUGCCGGCGAAGUUGAUCUGUGGCGGGUUUGCGGGCGCGGUUGCACAGAGCAUCAGCUAUCCGCUGGAUGUCACGCGGCGACGCAUGCAACUUGCGCUCAUGUCACCCGAAACAAAACACUACGCCAAGGGUAUGGUGUCGACACUGAAGUUUAUUUAUCGUGAACAUGGCGUGGUCAAGGGACUCUACCGAGGCAUGUCGAUCAAUUACAUGCGCGCAAUUCCGAUGGUCGCCGUCUCGUUCUCCACAUACGAAUUAUGCAAGCAACUGCUUGAAUUGGAUACUGGCUUAAACCAUUGAAGCAAACUUGAUCGUUCGCAACAAUAAGGAUGAACUCCUGACAUUUCUAUUUUUGUUAUUGAAGUUGAUUAUUUUGAUAGUUAUAUUAUAAUCGUUGGGAUUUGCUCGAACAGUUGGCAAGAAGAAACUCGUUACUCAGUGCCCAGAUAGAAUUAGAUAGUUAACACGCAUUCGAAUCAAUGGAAAAUAACCAUUAUUGAAUGCGAUAAAAUGAUUCCGGGUAUAUAUUCUCACAGUUUAUUUAAGUCAUUGUUUAUGAAACGAUAAAUGAAACUGCCUGCGACGCCACAAUUUGCCGUUGAUAUAAAUCAUUUCGAAUGCAAUUCAUGUUCCAAAGAUUUUUUUUUUCAUUUUAAUUGUAUAUUUAUUGUUAGUCCUCACCAAUUGCACAAUUUAGUUUCAAAUGCUAUGUUUAUUGCCCUGUGGAUUGGUAUUUAUGUUUUCUAUAUAUAAUUUAAUAGUUAAAUUAUUCGUAUAUUUUAUAAUUGUUGGUAUAAUCUCGAAUCUAAAAACUUUUACACUGUUAUAUUGGGUCUUAGUCCAGUUGUGUCAGGAGUUUUAUUCACGAUUUUUGUAUUGUACAAAAAUGUCAACAUUCUAGCCGUUACGGAUAACAUUCCACAUUGAAGUAUGUUGUAAGGACAGAUUAAACAAGAAUGAAAUUAAUUUAGUUUACUUAGAUAAAUUGCAUGAUAUCCAGACAGAGAAAAUCAUCAUGACAAAGUAUGAAAUGUAAGACUUGCGAUGUGCAGUGUAAAAAACGAGGUACGCAACGAGUGUUUAUAAGUAUUGUAUAUUUGUUAUAUACAUUAUAUUUUUUCUACGGUAGGGGUUUAUUAUUCGUUGCUUUAUAAUCUAAUGAUCACAAACUCACAUCCAUUGAGAUUUGGUAAGAGUAAAUUUGAAAGGUAAUGCAAUAAUUCCAAGAGUGUACCAAUUGUUAGCGACGCAUUGGCUGGUGUUCAUCUCCAUGAUAUAAGUAUGACAAAAAUGACAACAUCAAAGUUAAUGUUUACACGCUGUAAUAGUAAAGUCAAUUAUGUUAGGCACUGUGUAAUGCUAUGUGCUAUUAUGAGUGAGAUGAUUGAAGACCAUCAAUUUUUAUACUAAUCUGGACUGAAUCAAAUUUAACACAAAACUAUAAUGUACUUAUAAAUUUGUUAAUUGCUAUUUAAAGAUUGUAAAAUGAAUUGCAGCUCUUUUCAUUAAAGAAAUAUCUUUUUACUAGUA